CCAACACCGGGGACAUCGAUGGCUAUCGUUCCGAUAGGAGGGAAACCCCCAAGCGCGGAACAGACCCCAGCGAUGGCACCGGUCCUAGACCCCAUCUCCGCCCAACUGGAGGCUGGUUGGACGCUCCACGUGUCCAGGAAGGAAAGGAAGCGGAAACCCGGUAAACGGGAAGUACCUCCUAUUCCACAGCCCCCGCCUGCUGCAGCUCCGGCCAGGCCGAAGAAGCUCAGCAGGAAACAGCGGCGGAGACUGAAACAAGGCCUUACGGCCCAAAACGCCCCAGCGCCACAGCAAAGCGCCCCUGGGGAAGGUGAGGCGCAGGCUGCCGGCCGCGCCCCCCCCAUGGGUAGAAGGGCAAAAGGAACAAGGACCGAAGGGGGGAGUAACCAGGAGGCCCGUUCAUCUGCCAAGAGAGCUCGUCUGGAUGAGACCACAUCUCCCAGAAACGAGCCCAAGAGGCAGAGGACCGGACCAGGCGGAGUAACCCCCCGAGCGGAUUACGCCGAGGCAGUGAAGGCCGACCUGCUGGUGGCGGUGACUAACGCCACCACGGGACACCUGAGCCAAGAGCAGUCGGAUGAGGUCCAAAAACAGCUCCUAGGCCUAAUGUCUAUGGAGGCUAGACAGCCGACAGAAAACCUGCCCGCGGGCCCAAUCUUCAGGGGCAAGCCGACCUACGGCGAUGGAUCCCUAAGGUUGUGGUGCGAGGACCAGGCUACACUGGAUUGGCUGAGGCGCAGCGCGGCCACCAUCACCCUCGACGACGGGGUGAAAGUGGUAAUUAAGCGCCAGAGCGACAUACCCAAACGUGUACGCUGCGGCAUUCUGUUCCCGGGCGUCUAUGAUGACUUCGGUGAGGUAGGCCGAUUCCUACGCUAUCAGAACCCGUGGGCAGAAGUAGACCGCUGGCUUCUCAACCGGCGAGAGGUGCAGGGGACGGAAACGUUCGCUGUCGUCAGUGUGCCGGAGACAGUCGUACAGCCCCUGGUGGAACACGGGCGCCGGCUCGGCUUUAUGCUGGGGUCGGUGUACGUGAAGUUCCAAGGACCACGGGGUAAAUUCGGGGAGCAACCGCCCUCUAAAACCAUCGCCGUCACCAGCGGCGAAGAUACCACACCCGCCGAGCCAAUGGACAUCGCCAAGCCAGUACCCGAGGACGUAGUCCCGGUACAAGAGAUGAAGAGUCCGGCGCGUUCCCCAGCGGUCUCGGAGGAGGGCGAGGAAGUACUUCUUCGCAGCUCCUCGGAGAGUGAAGGGGAAUGCGCUCAAGGGCUAAAAAAGUUGGCCAUUGGCACGGAGGGAGGAGAACCGGUGUCGGGGGAGGAACCGAUGUCGGAGGGGAGGGUGAACCGGCCCACGGAGCUCCCUUCGAUAAGUGGUAAAUUCCUCCAAGCCAACCUCCACCACAGCGAAACGGCAACGGCUCAGAUCCGGAAGUGGUUGGAGGACAACACUACAGCCGUAAUUCUGAUCCAGGAGCCGUGGGUCAGAAGAGGCACCGUCUGCGGUCUCCGCAACCUAGGAGACCUGUGCGCCAUAAAGCUGCACGGGGCGCAAAACUCCAGCCUGAAGGAGAUGGUCGUGGCCUCCGUGUACAUGCCGGAAGCGGAUGACCCACCACCACACGACCUGACAAGGCUAGUCAAUUACUGUGAAGAGGAGGGGCUAGAGCUCAUCGUGGCAACCGACUCUAACGCACACCACCCCCUAUGGGGCAUGACAACAGGUAAUGAAAGAGACAGCCCCCUCUGCAGAGCGUGCACGGAGGCAGAGGAAACAGCCGCUCACGUCAUUCUCGAAUGUCCAGGGGUGGCAGAAUACCGGGCACAACACCUCGGGUCGCCGGGGUGUCUCCCAGAAGUCGUCGGCAACAUAAAGGGUCUGCUAGGCUUUCUGGUAGAGCUGGGUUGGCAGGAAUAGUGCCGCAACCCAUCACGCAAAAUAGGCGCAAAUUAUGACGUCGAGUUGCGGAAACCGAGCCCGCGUAUACCUAUAA